GCCGCGCCCCUCCCUCCUGCCGGUCCUGCCACCCGGGACUAGAGGACAGUUCAGGACCCGGCGCGGCGCCCCGGAGGGACUCGCACGGGCUUCGGCUUCCAGGCGGGCGCGCCCGAGCGGCGGGCUGCGAUGAUCCCCGAGGAGAAGCAAGACGGCCCGAGCUCCAGCGAGGAGAGCACGGGGCUGCAGGCGGCCGGCAGCGUCUGCAAGGGCAGUGAGACCGCGGCACAGGCCCAGCGUGGCCGCCUGCAGAGCCGCAGGGCCCGCAUCCACCAGCAGAUCAGCAAGGAGAUCCGGAUGAGGACGGGUGCCGAGAACCUCUACAGAGCCACCAGCAACAGCCAGGUCAGGGAGACCGUGGCCCUGGAGCUGAGCUACGUCAACUCCAGCCUGCAGCUGCUGAAGGAGGAACUGGAGGAGCUCAACUGCAGCGUGGACGCGGAGGGGCCUGCUGGGAGCGAGGGAGUCGCGGUGCCCAUGAUCCCCCUGGGGCUGAAGGAGACCAAGGAGCUGGACUGGUCCGCAGCCCUGACGGAUCUGAUCUCUCAGCACUUCGGAGAGGACGGCGCCUCCUUUGAGGCGGAAAUCAAGGAGCUGGCGGACCUACGGCAGGCCAUGCGGACCCCCAGCCGGAGCGAGUCGGGCCUGGAGCUGCUCGCGGCGUACUACAACCAGCUCUGCCUCCUGGAUGCGCGCUUCGUCAGCCCCGCCCGGAGCCUGGGGCUGCUCUUCCACUGGUACGACUCGCUCACGGGGGUCCCGGCCCAGCAGCGGGCCCUGGCCUUCGAGAAGGGCAGCGUGCUCUUCAACAUCGGGGCCCUGCACACCCAGAUCGGCGCGCGCCAGGACCGCUCCAGCGCCGAGGGCGCCGGCCGCGCGGCGGAGGCCUUCCAGAGGGCCGCUGGGGCCUUCCGCCUCCUGAGGGACAAGUUCUCGCACGCGCCGAGCCCGGACAUGAGCCCCGCCUCGCUGUCGGCGCUGGAGCAGCUCAUGGUGGCCCAGGCCCAGGAGUGCGUCUUCGAGGGCCUCUCGCUGCCGGCCCCCGCGGCGCCCCACGACUGCUCGGCCCAGCUGCGCCUGGCUCAGGAGGCCGCCCAGGUGGCGUCCGAGUACGAGCGGGCGCACGGGGCCAUGGCCAGGCCGCCCGUCCAAGACUACGUGCCCUUCGCCUGGACCACGCUGGUGCGCGUCAAGGCCGAGCACUUCGGCGCCCUGGCCCACUACCACGCGGCCACCGCGCUCUGCGACGGCUCCCGUGAGUGCCCCCCCCACGGGCGGGGGGGGGGGCGGCGGAGGCCUGGUGCAGGGGGCUCACGGCCCUCUCUGCCCCCAGCGGCUGAGGCGGAGCUCCUGGCGCUGGAGCAGGUCUUUGUGGGGCCCCCAGCCCCAUCGGAGCCCCGGCGCCCCGUGCUGCCCCAGGAGCCCGAGGAGCGCAGGAAGCUCGGCAAGGCCCACCUGAAGCGCGCCAUCCUGAGGCAGGAGGAGGCGCUGCGGCUGCACGCCGUGUGCCGCGCCCUGCGCAGGGUGGAUCUGCUGCAGGCCGUGCUGGGCCAGGCGCUGCGGCGCUCCCUGGCCAAGUACUCGGAGCUGGACCUGGAGGACGACUUCUUCGAGGCCACGGAGGCGCCCGACAUCCGGCCCAGCACGCACGGGAGGCCGGAGGCCCGGGCCCCCAGCUUCUCCCGGGGGAAGGCGGCUGACAUCUUCCACCGGCUGGGGCCCCUCUCCGUGUUCUCAGUCAAGAACCGCUGGCGGCUGGUGGGGCCCGUCCACGUGACCCGCGGGGAGGGCGGCUUCGGCUUCACGCUGCGGGGAGACUCGCCCGUGCUCAUCGCUGCGGUCGUCCCCGGGGGCCACGCUGCGGCGGCCGGCCUGCGGGAGGGCGACUACAUCGUGUCCGUGGACGGGCAGCCGUGCCGGUGGUGGAAGCACGCCCAGGUGGUGGCCCAGCUGAGGGGCGUGGGCGCCGAGGGCGUGAGCCUGCAGGUGGCGACCCUGCUGCCCAGCACCGAGCCGCCCGGCACGGGGGACCGCCGGCCGGCCCUGCGGGGGCUUCUGAGGAGCCAGAAGGAGUGCGGCUGGGAGACGCUGACGCCGGCGCCCGCGAGGGCCAGCCCCAGGCCCCUCCUCGGCUGGAGCCGCAAGGCCCAGCAGGGCCGGCCUGGAGGCAGGCUGUGCCCGGCCCCUCGCCCCCUCGCUGCGGCACCCCCACCCUCCAGCUGCCCCGGGAGGCAGUGAGGGGCGGCCCCCCACACUGCUGCGCCCCAGCCCUCUCCAGCUGGCUGGCAGCAGGGCCCCCUCGAGCCCUCCCCCCCGGAGGACCGUCAGGCCCCUGUCUGCCGCCCAGCCCGGUGCCCGAGCUGCCCAUUAAAGACAGUGUCAG